AUGACGCUUGUUACACAUUUGCCAGCCGGUAACUCCGGAUCAUGUCCGACGAGUGGUUCGACAUCUAGAGAUAUGCGAGAUAAGUGUUGUCGUCGCACUGUUACAGUUACUUACAGAUCUUCUAAUUUUUUUAAUGGCAACCCAACAACCAGCGAAACUACCAAGACAAUAUAUCGAUGUAAGUGCGGAGGGUAUGUUCUGGAAACAAGUGGAUCGCGGGUGACAGAGGACACUGAAACUGCUUGUAGUGAAGAAACGCCUGAUGGGUGCAAGUCUAAGACCGAAUCCAGUCACACUACUGAAAGGCGACAGAAAGUGGAUACUACGACGACGACAGUCACAUGUUCGGGCGCUUGUACUACAACAACUGUUAACUCCCAAUGCCACAACGCAAAUGGUAUAGAUAACGACAAGAGUAACGAGGAACGUACGCGCGUAUGUCCUAUUACGUACGAAAACAAACCUGCUACGCAAACUGAAGUGGGUACAACUUAUAAUAAUGGUAGUAGAGAAUUAACCAUGACCAUCGAAGGUACAGAUAACGGUUUCAGAUUUGGCUAUACACAAGUGCAUGUGGCGAACCCGGGGAGUGAAUUUACAAUCAUAAGUACUACUUAA